CUUUUUACUAAGGGUUAGCCAAUCAUUCAUUCCACCACGAAACUUUUCUUCUUCUCAAACUAGUUUUUCAGAAUUUCUAGGGUUUUUGAAAUUGGGGAAAAAAUGGAUCCCAAAUCCAGUGAUGUCGAUACGGUUGAGCCCGAGGUGAUGGACGCAGAUCUCUCUUUGAAACGCAAGGCCGAAACGAUUGAGCCGGCGGAUUCCGAUGAAGGAUGCGAGGAAGAGGAGAGAAACAGUGAAAGCGAUGACCAGGUUUGGGGUUUCGAUAGUUUCGAAGGCUCAGACUACGAGUCGCCUGAUGAGCCUCCUGAGGAUGAUGAGGAAUUGGAGUUUCGUCGAUACACGCGCUAUUACCACGAGAGCAAGGGUUUCAAAGUGGAUAAGCUUCCUAAACAUGUUUGUUACGGAAUACGCCCUCUCGAUCUGGAUGCCCCCUUCUUCAAGCCAAACAUGACGGGGCGUGACUACAUGGAGAUUAUGGCCAAUGUGGCUAUUGACAAAUACAACCAAGUAGAGAAUAAGACGUUAAAGCUUGAUCAUAUCGUGAGGGUGACGGUGCAAUUGAGCUAUGGAUACAAAGCUUAUAUUACAUUCAUGGCUAAGGAAUCUCCUCAUGGAGAGCUUGUGGAGUAUCAAGCUAAGGCUGAGCGCAAGGCAUGGCAAAGAAACAUUCACCCCAUCUUUUGCAGACCAGCUCGCUCUGGUGCUUGAUUUUUUCUUCCUAAUUAAUUGGAUGGGUUGAUGGUGUCCUUGGGCGUUCCCAAUGCCCAGACCAGGAAGACUAAGUAGUUACCGAUUUUAUCUCUUUUUCAAUGCCCUAUGUACUCAAGCUUUUAUGAUCAGAACUCGAUUUAUGUUGUUUGUAGUGGGGGUUGGGUUAAAUUAUUUUAAAAGGAGUUAGACCUUCUAUGGCAAUUCAUACUCCGUUUCAGAUCCCACUAUUGUAUCCAAGUUGUUGGUUAAUUGCUAAUCUCAUCAAUUUCUUCACUUAUAGUUA